GAAGUGACCAAAAAAAAAAAAAAAAAAAAACAGUUGUGUGUAUAUUCUGUCGUCCUCUCGCCGUGGGAGAAAAAGCCACCAUGAAAGAGAGACAGGGCGUGCUUUGUUGUGCUUAAACACACCAACUGCUCUACGCAUAACACAAAGCAGUGCACGGCCUUUCUCCAGCUUCACUCUGAUGCCGCUUACAGAGUGAAGCGAGCAGGCAUGGACGACAGCUUCGACCGAGCUCCCGGAGCGGGGAGAACCCGACAUUUCCUCGCGGACCCCGGGCUCGCUGGUGACGCCGGGGACGGCGGCGACACCAGAACGACGCUCUUCAACCAGAGGGAGCCGUUGAGACAGCCGCGGACGUCCCCGCCUUUUGCCGAGAACAGCAGCAGCCCGGCCGACGUCAUGGCCGGCGGAGAUUUCAAAAGACAGAGCAAACCCCAACAAAGUGCAAAUGCCAACAGUACGUCUGCCUCCAGAGGUUUUAACGAAGUGGAUUCCUUGGUCAAGUCGUCAAAGCUUUCAGCCAGUGCCCCCGAGUUUGUCCCCUCGACAAUGAACCCGUACGAAGACCCUUCGUUUUAUGAUGACGACGAAAGCUAUUACGGUGAACCAACCUUGGCUGAAACGGUUGCAGACUUCCUUGGCCACCUGAGCUCCUCACCAGGGUCCUUUGAGUCGGAUGUGGAACACAUAACUGGCAUGCUUAACUCUUGGGUUACCACGGAAGAGCUGUUGAACGAGCUGGUGGAACUGAUCUACACUCAGUCUACUGCCAUUCCAAACUUUGCUUACACCGGCGCCAGGCUGUGUAACUACCUGUCCCAUCAUCUCCUUGUCAGCCCGCCAAGUGGCAACUUUCGUCAGCUGCUCCUGAAAAGAUGUCGAACACAGUUCGAACAGAGGGACGCAGCGGUUGGAGGAGACCAGACUCAGAAAAAGUUCCACUCCUUUGUGCUCUUUCUGGGAGAGCUCUAUCUUAACCUGGAGGUAAAGAGCAGCAAAGGACCUCCCAACCGAGCAGAUAUCCUCCUCAUUGCUCUGAAGGACCUAAUGAACAGUCUGUUCUCCAAGCCUGUGGAUGCAAAUCUCAUCUGCGCUGUUAAGCUGCUUAAGCUGACGGGCUCGGUCCUGGAUGACGCGUGGAAAGCGAGUGGAAAACGGCACAUGGAGGAACUGAUCCAAAGAAUAGAAACUAUUCUACUGGACGCCACCUGCAGCAGAGAUGUCAGACAGAUGCUUCUGAAACUGGUGGAGUUGAGAUCCAGCGACUGGGGCAGAGUCCGCGCUGCUGCAGCAGCCAGCAACGCCACGCCAGACAACGACCCCAACUACUUCAUGAAUGAACCUACAUUCUACACAGAAGAUGGGACUCCUUUUACAGCAGCAGACCCAGACUAUGCUGAGAAAUACCAAGAGAUCCUGGACAGGCAGGAAUAUUUCAACGAUCUCGAUGGAGAAAAUGGAAAUGAAAGUGAUUUAUACACCUCCGAAGACGAGAUGGACCCCGAGAUAGAAGAAGCCUUUGAGAGUUUUUGUUUAGAGUCCGAGAAGAAACGGCAACAGUGACGCGAAGAGUGAGAAUCGGUGAGACCCGACAGGCGCUUACUGUACUUUUCCCACUCAACUUGCUGGAAUGUUGAAAAAGGAAAAUGAAGCUAACAUCCGAUAGGUUCAAACUUUCAAUUUACUGCAAACAAGCAUUUUUAACAGAAAGGAGAUGUUCAUAGUUUCACUUCCAACGCAUUUUCUCAGUCAGCGUUGAUUUAGAGAAUGGGGACAAUCAACAGGUUAAAUGUUCGAAAUAUUCAAGUUUUCUUUUUUUUUUUGACAAGAAAGUUCUCUUUGUUUUUAAUUAUUUCAGAAACUUAUUUCCUUAUGCCUAAACUAAAUGCCAAGAGGGAAAAAGUGUGCUGUGGGGAUUGUUUUUUUUUUUUUCUUCUUUUUUUUUUUGAUCUUUUCUGAAAGGCAGAUUCAUCAAAUGUGUGCAUAAUUUGUGAAAUACUAAUGAAUGCCCCCAUGUGCAUAAAGUACAGGCCAUAAAACUCAUUGUCAGAGACGCAUCAUCUUCAUGUAAAAUACACAGUAGAUGGGCGGUUGCUUUAUUACAUAUACAAUGCAUAGACAGCCUUCAUCUUGACUGAUGAGGUCAUAGUGUCUCUUGUCAGAUUGCCAAUAUGUAACACUAUAUUCAAGGCUACUCACAUGUUAAUCUGACCAUUUAAGUGGUCUGGAUAUCUGAGAAAAGCUGCACAGUUUGGAAAAUUAUUAAAAAACAGAUACUUUAAUUUAGUCACAUACUGUGAAGUGAAAAUGGACAAAACUCUUUUUUUUUUAUAUAUAUAUAGACACAUCCUUAUGGGGCUAAAGUCAACAUUUUAAGAAGUAUUCACUUAAAUGACAAAAAUUCAGAGAAUCGGCAUUCAGUGAGACGUAACGGAUUCACAGUUAUCCCAAGACUGAAAGACUGUUUACCAGCAAUCCAUGAAGCUCAUAAAAAGGAAUGUUGUUUUAUAGUUUGUAAAUAUUAUUUAUGGUAUUGUUUGCCUGCAAUAAAUUCUUUAUAAUGUGA